GAUAAAGUUGGGAGGAUGGUUCGGGAGAAGUGUGUUAUGGUUAUACAGGUGUUAUGAGCGCACCCGUGCAGGUUAUGCGAUUUAUUGGACUAUUUAAUUAACAUGAAAGAUUACAACUUUUAUUACUGGGGAAAUUUCUAUUGCAACCGCUUGUAGAUAGAUCGUUUAUUUGCAACAAUUGUUAUAUCUUAAUAUAACAUGUUUCAAGUUUAUUAAAAACUUGCAUGUAACUGGUGCAAUACGAGGACCUAUACUAUGAUAUACGAGGAUAAUACGAGAAAGCAACUUGAAAAGUACAGUAGUGGUUGUACAAUUUAAUAUACAGGUGUGAAGUGGUUUUAGGGGUGACUUGUUUAUGCGAAGUUUCAAUUCUCAUUGAUUGUACUAAAGGAAUUGAAUUCAACAGAAUGUGUUCGAUGCCGUACUUUUUAGGUUUAACUUAUAUUCUUAAAAUGCGUGUUGGACAAAAUCGGAGUAUUAACUAUAAAUGAACCAUUAGGGUCCAUGAAGGCCUAUCAAUUGACUUCCUGACACAAGUUAAUGUUGACCAAUUGCAUACAGAGAG